CUAUAUUUUUUUCACUCUUUAACCACCUCUCUCUUUCUCUCUCACGAUUUCCCAAAAAACAUUCCCAUCUUCGAUCUUCAAUUCCCUCUUUGAUGGUGGUAGUAAUGGAGAAGUGUUAUCAACAAGGGUGUGGAGACAUUGGGCGAUGGUGGUCAUGGUGGUUGUAGUUGGCGGUGGUUGCUGAGAUAAGCGAAGGCGGUAGCGUUGACGAAGCGACAAAUUUUUACCACACUUCUCGGAUUUUCGAAAUCACCUAACCGACCACUAAACCACGUUCUUUGGUUCAGUCGAUUUUGAACUUCACAGCGGUCGGCAAGGGAUAACAAAUUUUCUCACCCGAUGUUCACAGGCUAAGGGUAAACCUGAACUGAAUCGACCCGUGCACACCCCUAGACGACAGAGAAUUGGAGAGAGAGAUGUUGACGACAAAGAAUAGGAGAGAGAUGGCGACGGCAAAUGGCAUCAUUGAGCAUUUCAGGCGGAAGCAUAGGUUGGACCUCCGUGAAGAAGCAAGCCCGACAGCGAGAUGUGAAGUGUGCAGACAGCAUGGAGAUGAAGAUGACAUCCUGGGUUCGCUCUACCGUUGUACUGACGGCUGCAAAAUUGUGAUCCACAAAUCAUGCUCUGCAAUCCCACCAGUAUUAUUUUGUAAGCCACAACAACAACCACCAGUAUUAAUAUGUAAGAAAAAGCAACAACAACAAGAGCACCACAAUCACUUUCACCCUCAACACCCUCUCUUCCUUGCACAUUAUACUUACCCAGAAUGCUAUGCUUGUGGGCGCUUGUUUCCUUUGAAUGUUAUGGCAUACAUAUGUUUGGAGUUGGAGUGUUCAUUUCAAAUCCACGUUAGAUGCUCUUUUCUCACCCCCAUCUCCUCCUCCUCCUCCUCCAAAACCAUCGAAGCUCAAGCUCGAGAUGAUCAUCAUCAUCCCCACCCCUUAAUUUUAUGCGAUCCUCCUCCUAAGAUUUAUACUUAUUAUUGCAGUUGCUGUUGCCUACCUUUUAAUGAGCAAACCCCUGUCUACGUAUGCCUUGAAGAAUGCAAAGCCUUGCUGCACAAAUCAUGUGCUGAAUUGCCGUCCAAACUCCACCACCCCCUUCACCCCUUACAUCCUCUCACACUCCUCGUCCCUUCCCGUAACCCUGAACGAUAUGAUUUUAACGAAUUUUGGGCAUGCUGGGCCUGUCACAGACAUUGGAGUUUUGUAUACCAUUGUUUUGACUGCAAAUUUUACCUGGACGUUGCUUGUGCUACUUAUCUGCAGCCUACUACUACUGCUGCUGCUGCUGAAAACAAUGAAGAAGAAGAUCAGGAUCAAGAUCACCGCCAAUUCACCCACUCCCAUCCUUUGAUUUUGUGCCACAAUAAACAGCAAUUCCCAAUUCCUUGCUGUGCGUGCAACCUUCCUUUGGGGGAUUCUGUCUAUUUGUGCCCUACCUGCCAUAUCCUGAUCCAUGAAUCAUGUGCUCAAAUGCCACGGGAAAUUAAACACCCACUUCACCCACCGCACCCUCUCAACCUCGUCGAUGAUAGACCUUCUUUUGAGACAUGUGAAGGAUGUUUAUCCCACAUACAUUCUGAUUUUGCAUAUGUAUGUUCCCACUGUGAAUUUAAUUUGGAUGUUAGAUGUGCUUUCUCAAAACCCACCACCAUGAUGUCUAAGAUACACCACCACCCUCUUGCUUUCUUCAACGAGACACCACGUUUAAUGGAAAAGUUAAUUUGCAACGCUUGUGAUAAACCUUGCUACAACCCUUGCUUCCGUUGUGCGUGGUGCGAACUUAAUCUUCAUGUCCAUUGUAUUCCAACAUUGCCACCUACCGUCAAAUCUAGAUUUCAUCGCCAUCCCCUCACCCUCGUCAAAUUCCCAAUUAAAGACCACCCGGAUGAAGAUGACAACGCAGAGUUCUACUGUGAUGAUUGCGAAAAACAUAGAUGGCUCCCCGAACCAAGUUAUUAUUGUUGUGAAUGCCACUAUGUCGCUCAUCCUCAUUGUGUGGCAUCUGAGAUCAUGCGGAUUCUAGAGGAAGAGUGGUCAGAGGAAGAAAGCCAUAAAUGUGCAUCUGAAGUUGAGGAGCCACCUUCACAGAUAUUGGAAGAAUUUUUAGAUUCAUUCAAAGGGGAUGAGACCAAGGAAGCACAAGGAGUUUUUGAAGACUACAAUAGGGCAAGCCAAAGAGGUGCACAAGGAGUUUUUGAAGGCUAUAAUAGGGCACGCCAAAGAGGAGUUUUUAAAGACUAUGAUAGGGAAAGCCAAAGAGGUAGUACAAAAUACCGCCUAUAUUUAGGCGAGGUCACCACGCAGGUCAUGAAAAUGCUUGUUUCUAAAAAUAAAAUCACAAAAAUGCCUUGGGAAAAUUGGAAUUCCACAUCAAAGCUUAUUAAGGUCAAUAACUACAUGAUCCUUGAGAACUUAGCAUCUAUCCUAAAAGCCUUGUUUGGAAAAUAUGGGGAUUUCAUUGGCAAAUCUGGGUUAAGUCGAAAGGUGAAGAUGUUAUACAUAAUGACAGUUUGUGAUGCCAUAGACAGCAUGUGCAACACCAAGGUUGUGGACAUCACUGCAAAUGUACUUGUAUCUCGGUUUCACUCUUUCAUGCUUGGUCAAUAUGCAGGCUUCGAAAUUGAGUUUGCCUUUGAUCGUUUGAAGAGAGUGGUGCGUGCUCACUUUGGUCUCCAAGCUAACAAUAUCCCUAUAGACCCGAACUGUGUCAGACUUUUUGUCGAGAUUGCAAAACAUGGUGAUCCUCCUACAGGUGCAGCCAUAGAUUCUAAAGAAGAGCUUGCUGUUAUUGAACAAGAUGGAGGGACUAAUGAGCUCAAUGAGAUGGUAGUUUCUUCUAUGAAGCUCGCCAUAAUCAAACUAGAUGAAGAGAUUAGAGAGGUUGAGAAGAUAGUUAAGGAGAAGCACGCAUUACGCAUAAUGUGGGAGGAGUGCUUUAAGGAUGCUGUGGCACUAUUGGGAGAGAUGGCAGGCACGAGCUUGUGUUAAUGUGCAACGAAGGAUAUGUUAUGAUUUGCUGUGUCUUGUUAAUUUGUUUAGUAAAUUAUUUUUGAAAGUUUUUUUUUUUUUUUUAACAU